AUGUGGAGCAAUCUUCCUUCCGAUCUCCUAUCCAACAUCUUCUCCUACCUCCCACCUCCCUCCAUACCUCGCGCCACAUCUGUCUGCCGCCACUGGCGCAACAGCGCUAGGGCGGCAACCCGAGACACAAGGCGGCACCACCACCACCCGCCAUGGUUCAUCGCCUUACCCACCAACAAGAACCACUUCUGUUUCAUCCAUAAUCCAAUCGAAAACACUUGGCACUCACUUAAUCUCAAACAUGUCCCGACCCUAAUCAAACCCGUGUCAACAAUCGGGGGACACGGUUUGAUACUAUUCAAAUCCACGGGCGGUGCCCCGGUUCAACUCUCGGUUUGUAAUCCGUUCACCGGGCAGUUCGGGCAGCUUCCGCCCCUUCAAAAACCGCGGACAAAUCCCGCGGUGGGAAUCAUCGAGGUUUGUCCUGGGCAGUUUAAGGUGUACGUGGCGGGUGGGAUGUCAGAGGUGGCAAGUGGUGGUGCCGCCUCGUACGAAUCAACAUUGGAAAUGUUUGAUUCCGAUGUUAAAAAGUGGACGAUUGUGGGGUCCAUGCCGGUGGAGUUUUCCGUGAGGCUUACAGUGUGGACCCCAAAUGAGAGUGUUUACUCGAAUGGGGUUCUUUAUUGGAUGACAUCAGCACGUGCUUAUAGCAUAAUGGGGUUUAAAUUGGAUACGAAUAAAUGGAGGGAAUUCAGUGUCCCGAUGGGGUACAUGUUGGAAUUUGCUGCCCUUGUUCCGCGAAAUGGACAGCUGGUGGUUGUUGGCGGGAGUCAUGGCGGAGAUGUGGUGGUUUGGGAGUUGGGUGAGGGAGGGGAAUGGAAUGUGAUUGAAAGAAUGCCGGUUGAAUUAAGGAAAAGAUUUGUUGGUGGGAGUGUAAAGUGUGUGGGGAUUGAAGGGGGGGUUUGUUUGUAUAGGGACAUGGCUUCGGGAAUGGUGGUGUGGAGAAGAGGUCGGAAUUGUAAGGAUAGAUGGGAAUGGAAUUGGAUUAAAGGUUGUAAUCGGGUAAGUGGAAGACACAUAGAAAAUUACCCGAUCAAAGGGGUUUUUCUUCACCCAAAUCUUGCUUCUUCUCCUUUUAUUUAG